AUGUCCAAGUUCAUUCAAAAAAAAAAGUAUAUACAUAUAAUAAUAAAUAAAAGAACACAUAAAUCAUGUUUCGUUGGCAAUCUUUUAUGCCAUUUGGACCACCAAGAGGCAUACCACUGCUACCAGACAGGAGAUCCCCUAGUCCACCACCUUUGGGGAGAUUGCCGCAAAGCCCAACACACCUGUGGGCACGGUCACCAGGUCCACCACUUCCGGAGAGUUGGUCUCCAGGUGUACCACCCACAUGGAGUUGGCCUCCAAGCCCACCAUCUCCAGAGUUCUGGCCGCAAGAUCCACCAUCCUCGAGAAGUUGGACACGAGGUCCACCACCCGUUGGGACCUGGCCGCCUUGUCCACCACCACCCCUUCGGAGAUGGCUGUCUUGCCCACCACCACCAGGGCACUGGCCCCCAGGUCCACCACCCAUGGGGAGUUGGUCUCACCAUCCUCCACCCAUGGGGAGCUGGGCAACAGAUCCACCAUUUUUUGAGAGCUUGUCGCCAAGUGAAAUCUUCGUCUAAAUCUUCGUCUAAAUCCGGUGACUCGAGUAAUUCUGGAAAGCAACCAGCCAAUACAGAUCCUCCAAAACAAACAUUAAAUCAAGAUGACAAAGCAAAACCUUUGACUAAACAUGGUAGCAACGACGGAACAAAACGUGAUACCUUUGAUGAGGUGAAACCUCCAACUAAAUCUAGGGACAACAGUAGUUUAGGAACACCACUAGCCAACACAGGUCCUCUAAAUCAUGUAGAAAAGCCCGAUGUCCAGGAAAAUCUUUCAACUACACCUGGUGAGAAUGUCAAAACAGAAUAUCCAGCUAAACACGGCGUCUCCUUUGAAUUGAAACCUCCAACUACACUUGGCGACUCUAGUAAUUCUGGAACAUCACCAACCAGUAAAAAUCCUCUUGAACCAGAACCAAAUCUAGAAGACAAAGGAAAACCUUCGAUUAAACAUGGAGGAAAUGACGAAACAAAAUCUCCAAUUAAAGGCGACGGUUUUAAUGAAGUGAAACCUAUAGCUAAACCUGGUGGGUCUAGUACUUCUGGAAUGCCAGCAGCCAAUAUAGGUAUUCCAAAGGUGGUAUCUAAGCCGAAUGACAGUGAAAAAAAUUCGGCUGAAGUUGGUGGAAAUGACGAAACAAAGCUUGGUGGAUCUGAUGAAGUGAAACCUCCAACUAAAACCGGUGGCUAUGGUAAUUCUGGAAUGCUACCAACCAAUACAUAUCCUUCAAAACUGGCCCCAAAACCAUAUGAUAAAGAGAAGUCUUUGACUAUUCUUGAUGGCACUGACAAAACAAAAUCUUCAACUAUGCAUGGCGGAUCCAAUGAAUUGAAACCUCCGACUAACCUUGGUAGCAAGAAUGAAACAAAACCUCCCACUAAACUUGGUGGUAGUGACGAAACGAAACCGUUACGUUGGUUUUUGAUCCGCAAGUCUACUCAGGACAAGCAGUAAUAUGGGAUCAACGUUCAUAAAGUUUAAAACAAAUAUUGAAAUAUGCCGUUACAUUGUAUUAAGUAUUCUAAUGGUUGGUCUUGUACAAAAAAAACUAAUGUUUAAUACUACUACAAGCUUGCUUUACUUCAAAACAUUGUUUGUAUGAAUAUAAAAUUACAGUGAGAUAACUGACAACGAGAUAAUUAACAUAACGGGUUAAAACAUGUAGACCUUGAAUACAUUAAAGUCACUGACUAUUUCUUGAAAACGAUUAGCCCGAAAAGGAAUUUCACCAAACAUGUCAAACUUUACAUUAACAUACCGGCUUUGAGGAAUACACGUAUAUCGAGAUUCAAACUUUCCAUGUUAAGAAAAUAAGAAGUGCAGUAAUAUAAGUCCUUUUGGUCAAGGUGGUUCCAAGAACCUAAAUCAAAGAAAUUCAUGAAUCUAUCUACAAAAUGGAAACCGUACGUCGUUAAAACACUGUACGUUCAUAAUAGUCACGACCCUUAUUCCUAGGUAUUAAAUACUCUAUGAACAUUUUGUAUUCUAAAAAAAUUCAGUUUUUUUUUAAUUAUUUAACAUUAAUCUAUAUAUGAUAGUGUAAAGAAUACUCUCCUAUAGUUUGUGGGGGUUAAUAGUUUAUGUAUUUCAGUGGAUUUAAAAAUCCAAUGAUUUAUAAAUUCUAAGUCUAAUUAUGUGUUAUUCAAACGAAUUGAUUUGAUUACAUAAUUGAUUUUAAAUGAGUUUUUUAUAAAAAUACAAAUAAAAAUCCAUAAAUGAUGCCUUGCUGGCCGCCUUUUCCGCCGUUCGGACCACCAGGGUGCGGACCUCCGACACCGGGAUGCGGACUACCCCCAGGGUGCUGGCCGCCAGGUCAACCACCACCAGGCUCCAUGCCACCGGGCUGGCCACUUGGUCCACCACCUCCUGGCUCUGUGCCACCGAGAUUCCCUGGCUGGCCUUCUGGUCCGUCACCACCUGGCUGCAUGCCACCAGGAUGGCUACAGCAACAA